GUCUGUCUGUACAUUAGUUGUCUUCCAUGGCCUCUCCUUCUUGGAAAUCUCAACCCUCUUUCUCCUUAGUAUAUAUAGCUACGCUUAUCACAUGUCUAACCAAUUUCAUUACAAACUCACACAACAAUCUCUCUCUCUCUUCUCUCUCUCUGUCUCUGCCUAAUUUAUUGCAAUGGCAUCCCAAACCCCACAAAGCCAGACCCAGUUCCAAGAUUUCUUGCCCAUCAUGGCCCAAAAGCUUGGUGGGGAUGGUCUAAUCGGAGAGCUCUGCAAUGGGUUCAAUUUGUUAGUCGAUGGUGACAAAGGGGUCAUCACUUUUGACAGCCUUAGAAGGAACUCGGCUAUGCUGGGUCUGCAAGAUUUGAGUGAUGAAGAUCUACGGUCUAUGUUGAAGGAAGGCGAUUUUGACGGUGAUGGUGCACUCAAUCAGAUGGAGUUUUGUGUCUUGAUGUUCAGAUUAAGCCCUGAGCUUAUGGAAGAGUCUUAUUUGUUGUUAGAUGAUGCUAUUCAACAGGAAUUCCAAACUUAUAAUUAGAUUUAUUCUUUUAGCUCAAAUUUUUUCUAUGUUCAAUUCCAUAUUAUGUGUAUCAUCAUCAAGAAUUUUAUGAGUUUAAGAGAAUAGAAGAUGACCAAGAAAUUUAACUUCAAUAAUUUUGUGAAAA